AUGAACCAAAAGUGCUCAAAUGUCAUAAUCGAGCGGUUUCUUCCAGAUGCCACUGCAUUGGCUGCAUCAUCUGCUCCACAGCUAAAUGUUUCCCAUAUCAGUUCGAGCAAUGAGCUUUGUUAUCCAUGGAAUUAUCCAGAGCCAGAGGCUUGUGUUUCAAGAACAGUCUGCAGGCAAUCGUACUCUUCGCCUAAGGGUUGUGGCUUGCAUGUUUUCUUCCCUUGGAGCAUGAAGCACAAGCUCUGUGGAGUUAAGAGCCCUGUCAGUGCACAAGCUCAUUGGAGUAUAAAACACAAGAAACAUAGAUCAGCUCCACCACGGGGCCUGAUCAAAAGUCUUAAAGUAAACACGAGUUCAGUGAGAAGGGGUAACAAUAUGGCUGGUGAAAGCAGUUUUGUACAGCCAGCCAUUCCUAAGUUCGAUGGGCACUAUGAUCAUUGGAGCAUGCUAAUGGAGAAUUUUCUGCGAUCCAAGGAAUACUGGUGUUUGGUGGAAGCUGGGAUCCCUGCAGCAGCAGAAGGGGUGGAUCCUACAGAGGUACAGAAGAAGACAAUCGAGGAUCACAAGCUAAAGGAUCUGAAGGCAAAGAACUAUCUGUUUCAAGCCAUUGAUCGAUCGAUUUUGGAGACAAUCCUAAAGAAGGAUACAGCAAAGGAUAUUUGGGACUCCUUGAAGCAGAAAUAUCAAGGCACAGCCCGAGUCAAACGUGCACAGCUGCAAGCUCUUCGCAAAGAGUUUGAGGUGCUUCAUAUGAAGGUGGGAGAAUCGGUGAACGAUUAUUUUGCACGAACUCUCACUAUUGCCAACAAAAUGAGAAUUCACGGAGAACAGAUGGGUGAUGUGGUGGUCAUUGAGAAAAUCUUAAGAUCCAUGAUUCCAAAAUUUGAUUAUGUUGUGUGCUCAAUUGAGGAGUCAAAUGAUAUUGACAUUCUGUCCAUCGACGAACUUCAAAGCAGUUUGCUAGUUCAUGAGCAACGAAUGAGUAGACAUACCACGGAAGAACAAGCACUGCAAGUCACGAAUGAAGCUCAGCCAGGAGGAUGGAGUGGGGGUCGUGGCUCUUAUCGAGGAAGAGGAAGAGGCCGAGGCCGAUCUGGGUUUAACAAAACCAUGGUUGAGUGUUACAAUUGUCAUGGGCUUGGCCAUUUUCAAUGGGAGUGUCCUAAAAAGGAGAAGCAAGCACACUUUGCCGAGACAAGUGAAGAAAUGCUGCUCAUGGCUUAUGUGGAUGACAACAAAGCUAGAAGUGAUUGCCUAUGGUUCCUGGAUUCAGGGUGCAGCAACCAUAUGUGUGGUAAGAAGGAGUUUUUCUGUGAUCUUAAUGAAGGCUUCAAGGAUUCUGUCAAACUGGGAAAUGACGCAAGCUUGAAAGUACAAGGAAAGGGCAGCAUUCGAAUGGAGAUAGAUGGGACCAUGCACAUGGUUACUGAGGUGUUCUUUGUGCCAGACUUGAAGAACAACCUACUAAGCAUUGGGCAACUACAAGAGAAGGGUCUUGCAGUUCUCAUGCAACACGGAACUUGCAAGAUCUUUCAUCCUAACAGGGGCUUAAUCAUGGAAACUGCCAUGUCACAUAACAGAAUGUUCAUUAUCGUUGCUCGAUGUCAGUUAAAGGAACAAAGGUGCCUUGUCUCCCUUAUCACAGACCAAUCCCAACUCUGGCACAAUCGAUAUGGACACCUAAGCUGGAAUGGUCUCAAAGUUCUUCAACAAAAGAAGAUGGUGGAAGGUAUGCCACAUGUCAAAGCUCCUCUUAAAGUUUGUGAAGAUUGCUUGGUGGGGAAACAACAAAGGGACUCAAUUCCAAAGGAAAGCAUAUGGAGGGCUUCUGGAAUUCUUCAGUUAGUACAUGCUGAUAUUUGCGGGCCAAUCAAUCCAACAUCAAAUAGCAAAAAACGGUAUCUCAUCACCUUCAUAGAUGACUUCAGUCGAAAGACUUGGGUAUAUUUUUUGGUGGAAAAGUCUGAAGCUUUUGUUGUUUUUAAAAACUACAAAGCUAGGGUGGAAAAAGAAACUGGAGCAUACAUAAGGGCCCUUCGCACAGAUCGUGGAGGUGAAUUCACAUCACAAGAAUUCACUAAUUAUUGUAGUGUGAAUGGGAUUCGAAGACAACUGACAGCUGCAUACACUCCCCAACAAAACGGAGUUGCCGAGAGGAAGAACCGAACAAUUAUGAACAUGGUUCGCAGCAUGCUUUCUGGAAAGCACAUUCCAAAAACAUUUUGGCCUGAAGCAGUUAACUGGACUGUGCAUAUUCUCAAUAGAAGUCCUACACUUGCUGUGAGAAGUAAGACACCGGAAGAGGCAUGGAGUGGAGUUAAACCAUCAGUGAGUCAUUUCAGAAUUUUUGGAUGUAUCUCUCACGUUCAUAUACCUGAUCAGAGAAGAGUAAAGCUUGACAACAAGAGUCUCAAAUGCAUAUUCUUUGGGGUAAGUGACGAGUCGAAAGCUUACAGAUUAUUUGACCCAAUUUCUAAGAAAAUAAUUGUGAGCCGAGAUGUUGUUUUUGAAGAAGAUCAAAGUUGGGAUUGGGAGGCUUGUUAUAAGGAAGCCAUUGUGGCUGACCUUGAGUGUGAAACAGAUGAAGGAGAGGGAACAGAAGUUGGUGACAAUGAGGAGGAAUUGGAAGCUGGCAGCACUGAAGAAAACGAGGGCAGUGAAGAAACGGAUCAUGGCGUUGCCCAAGAAAACUUGUCUCAUGAGGAGAUUGAUGAGAACUCACCUCAUGUUGCACGGACACGAAGACCACCAGCAUGGAUGAAAGACUAUGAGAGUGGGCAAGGUCUUUCCGAGGAAGAAGAAUCAAACAUUGCUUACAUGGCUUUGUCCACUGACAGUGAUCCUAUAUUCUUUGAAGAUGCAAUAAAGAAUGAGAAAUGGAGGCAAGCCAUGAACUCCGAGAUCGAGGCAAUAGAAAGAAAUGAUACGUGGGAACUCACAGAGUUACCACUUGGCAGCAAAGUUAUUGGGGUGAAGUGGGUUUACAAGACGAAACUCAAUGAGAAUGGAGAAGUAGAUAAAUACAAGGCACGACUCGUUGCAAAAGGGUACAGUCAAAAGUAUGGAGUAGACUAUGCUGAGGUAUUUGCACCAGUGGCUAGGCUUGACACCAUUCGAGUUGUGAUUUCACUUGCUGCUCAGAAGGGUUGGACGAUCUAUCAACUAGACGUCAAGUCUGCCUUUCUACAUGGAGAGUUAAAUGAAGAAGUUUUUGUCACCCAACCUCCUGGCUAUGAGAAAAUGGGACAUGAAUACAAAGUGUAUAAGCUUAAGAAAGCGUUGUACGGUCUGAAACAAGCUCCUCGAGCUUGGUACAGUCGUAUAGAGACUUAUUUUGACAAGAAGGUUUCAAGAAGUGUCCCUAUGAACAUACUUUGUUCAUCAAAACAGCGGAUGGAGGUUAUGUUUAAAGAUUUCAAACAAUCCAUGAUGAUUGAAUUUGAUAUGACUGAUCUCGGAAAGAUGAAGUUUUUUCUUGGUAUUGAGGUGUUGCAAAGGCCAGAUGGUGUUUUCAUUGGGCAACGAAAAUAUGCACAGGAGGUGCUUGACAGGUUCAAAAUGGAUCAAUGUAAUCCAGUGCAUAAUCCAAUAGCUCCUGGGUUUAAACUCAUGAAGGACGAAGAUGGAGUAAGGGUAGACAGUACACUCUACAAACAAAUUGUAGGAAGCCUUAUGUAUCUGACUGCUACACGUCCUGAUAUGACAUUCAUAGUUAGUUUGAUUAGUAGGUACAUGGAGCGUCCCACUGAGAUGCACCUACAGGCAGCAAAAAGAGCAUUAAGGUAUGUAAAGGGAACUAUUGAUUUCGGGGUGUUUUACAAGAAGGGAGGAAAGCAGGAGCUUUUGGGAUACACGGAUAGUGAUUACGCAGGUGAUCAGGAUGACAGAAAGAGCACUUCGGGGUAUGUGUUUAUGAUGAGUUCAGGUGCUGUGUCUUGGUCUUCGAAGAAGCAGCCAGUGGUCACUCUUUCCACCACUGAGGCCGAGUUUAUUUCUGCAGCAUCUAGUGCUUGUCAAGUAGUUUGGUUAAGGAGAAUUUUAAAGGAACUGUGUCAUGAUCAAUGCAAAUCUACAGUGUUAUAUUGUGACAAUGUAUCAGCCAUCAAACUCUCAAAAAAUCCAGUCUUGCAUGGUCGUAGCAAACACAUUGAUGUUCGCUUUCACUUUCUCCGUGAUCUUACGAAGGAAGGAGUUGUGGAGUUGGUUCAGUGUUCAACCCAGGAGCAGGUCGCAGAUAUUUUUACAAAGCCUUUGAAGCUUGAUGUUUUCUUAAAGCUGCGAGGUUUGCUGGGUGUUUGUUCUUAUCCAGCAGUAAACUGA